AGCAGACACACACACCCACUCAUCUGACUUCUCCAAGUGACAGAUUUAGACUUCAUUUUAGAAAGGAAGUAAGAAUGAGUAAAGUUUUAUAGGCCAGUCCGCCCUGCACCAGUGCCAAAACCUACACAGCAAUGCAUCUCACGCUUAAGCAAACCAUUUAAAAGCAAGAACGAGGGAAGAAAGUGAGAGCGUAGGAAAUAAAUCAAAGAGAAAGCCUAGCCGACGAACCAUGGAGGAGGACAUCAGGAGAAACGGGAAACUUUACCUCCACCAGAAACGCUUCGGAAAGAGGUGGAGGAAGGUGUGGUGCGUGUUAUAUGCCGAGGGCAGGCGCAGCGUGGCGCGGCUGGAGCUCUACGAGCAUAAACACACAUCUGUCAAGGAGGGAUCCACCAAACCCAAAGCCGACUACAAACAGGUGAUCAGGCUGAGGGAAUGCAUCAGGAUAUCGGAAAGCGAGAUGUCCGACUGCCCCAAAGACUGCGCUACUUUCCUUCUCGAAACCACUGACAAACUUUACGUGUUUGCUGCCCACCAAUCAGAAGUGGAGGAAUGGAUCAAGUGCCUUUGCGAGCAGGCAUUUCCUGAAACACGGGUCGAUAAAAGAUUGCAAAGUGGGAUCUUCUCUGAACAUGUGAGCAAUUACAGAGAAACCAAGGAAAACUCUCUCUACGACACAGCAGACAGUGUUCGAGAGUUUCUGGUCAUAGCUGUGGGUACAGAGGCUGCUGUUCGCUGCAAUCUGUAUGGAGAAUAUAUCCUUUUACCUCAACUUGACUGUUUACUCCUGAAAGACUACAAGACAAAGCAAGUGCUUCUUAAAUGGCCUUACUGCUAUGUCAGAAAGUUUGGUCAAGACACGCUGUCUUUCUCAUUUGAGGCCGGCCGCAGAUGUGAAUCCGGGGAGGGGAAUUUCGAGUUUGCAACCCCUCAGGGUGAAAGGCUGUUUAACAUCGUCAAUGAAGCCAUCCAGCAUCUACCCAAAUCCACCACAGCUAAGCAAGGCGGCGGCAGACAUGAAACCCAAAGCAGAGAUCCAGAAACUUCAGAGACUGAUGUAAUAUAUGAUGAUGCCACUGUAAGUGACUGUUUACCGAGAACGGCUCAUCAUCCAGCGAAAAUGCUCAACCCGUCCAUGAAGAGCUUUUCUUUGAAUGCAAUACAACUUUCAAGUCAAGCGACAAGCCUCAAAGCCAACACUGAGAAUGAGGAACCGUUAUAUGCCAUGGUGUCAAAAGCUCAGCCAAAAGUUACUUCCUCUACAGACCCUCAAACGCACUGGCAGAACCUGAAGAAAAACAUCCAUCAGUUUGGGUCGUCUCAGGACUCUUUCACAGCGGACACUGACAUUUCGGAGUUUGCUUUCGUGGUUCCCCGGGAAGAGGAAGCGAAUGAAGAGACGGUGGCUGGAGAAGAUUCGACUGACUUGUUGAGUGAUUCCAUCCACCAGUUAGCAAUUAAUGAUGCAUUGAAGAACAUCGGCGCGGAAGCAAUUUACGCCGAUCCACAGGAACUCGAACACACAGCUGAGUGGGACGUCGAUGCUGUUUAUGACGAACCCGAGGUGGUCAUCAUUAGCAAUCAAAGAGCCCCCGAUGGGGAGGACCACCCGGCUCUGCAUGACUUCCUCUAUGGCCUUGAUACUCCCAUUACGCAGAUCACAGAUGCCAAGUCUGACCCUAGUCAAAGUUCGGAUGACUCAUUCUCACAUUAUGACAAUUUUAGGUUAAAAGGGAGGCGAAUGUAAAAUGGUAUAUGUUUUUACAAAGCAUUAGACAAGACGAAAUUAUAUUUAUGCAUUUAGCAGAUGCUUUUACACAAAGCGACUUACAGUGCAUUUAAGCUAUAUGUGUGAGAAUCAAAUUCCUGAGAAUCAAAGCAAUUACAUUUAAUUUAUUAAAAUAAAAAUCAGGUCAUGGUGCAAACAGACCCCCCCCCCAAAAGAAAAAAGGCUAAAUGCAGUUUGCAUGGCACAGACUGACCCUGGUUGUAAAACCCUUACUGUUUUUCAACACUCUAAGAAAGCAUGUGUUCAUUUUUUACACAUCUUUUUGUGUUAUGCUUUUAACACAUUAUCUGUCAUUUUAACACAUUAUGUGUCAUUUUGUGUUGAUUUUGUGUUAAAAUAAAACACAAGUUGUGUUAAAAGUAACAUAUUAAUAAUGUGUCAUUUCAAUAAUAACACAGAGAUGUGUGGACUACAGCAAAAAAAAAAAUUUUUUUGGCCAAAAAUAUAUUUUAAAUAUAUGCUAAAUACAAGGUAAAGCUGAAUUAAAUAUAUUUUUAAAUUUAAAAAAGUAUAUUUAGCUUUAAACUUCAUAUAUA